UGCCCGCCCGCCCGCCCGCCAUGUGUUUGUGUUUAUUCCCGUGACGUUCGUUUCUCGCGCUGCUUUGGGUUUGGGGUCUUGGCUGUUGUCUUCAUCCAAUAAACACUGACCGGCGAUUACAUUGCAGUAGCCAAGGAGUAUACAUCGUCUGCCUUGCUCUUUUGUUUAAUGAUCUCAAAAACCAAAACACUGGCGCAGUCAAUCAAAAUGCAUCAAAGCAUCUUUCUGAAGAAGAUCCAGAUACUCCUGGAGUGGACCCUACGCUCUGAAUUACUAGCUAGUACGGCUGGCCGGCUGGAUCCCGCAAUUAGGCACACAGGCAAACACCUUCUUCCUCCUCUAGUAGAGUUAAGUUUGCUUGCUUGCUUAAUGCUCUGGUUGUGUUCAUCACAAACUAGUGGAGUGCUGCUGCACACACUCUGCAGCACUCUAGUCUAGUGACCAACCAACAACCCCAACGGAGACACAUACAUGCCAAAGCACACCCACUCUCAUUGCCAGACAGUGAUAACAACAACCGGCGAGCUGAGCUCAAUACAUUCUUCUUACUACUAAACGCACCAGCUACAUGUAAAUGUGAGCACGACAUCUAUCUUUUUAUAUGUCCAUGGAUCUAUUCUUGCAAGCAAACUGUGUAAAAUGAAGGAGGUCUGCAGCACAUUAAUUUGAACACACAAUCAGAGUCCUGCUGCUCUGGUGACCACGACAAAUUAAAGCCUGUGUCUAUGUGUAACACAGAUUCUAUCACCUAGUGCUUGGUAUGAGGUGUUACCUGUAGCAAAUCCAAUGCUCCUCCCAAAGACGUCUCUUGGUCUGAAUCACAAGCUCAUCGAGCUGUGUGCCAUAAGCUCCUUAAUUCCCACUGUUGAAGUUUCCAGAAUCACAAGCUGAUCGGGCUGCAGUUCUGAAUAUUUUAUACAAGUGCAUUUCCUGAAUUCCAUAUACUUUUCAGAGAACAAAUGAGUUUCCGUCAAAGCAUUUCUCAAGGCGGCCAGGCACCUGGAGUGUGCUACGCAACACCUUCUAUCCAGGAUGCCGUUAUGUCAUCUGAUGAUGAACAGCUGUUUCUUUAUUGAUGAAAGUGCUUAUUGCUUCCAUUUUUCAGUAACUGUUGAUGACCGCCUACAUUUCGUGUUGGAAAGGCCUUCCCAUACAAGCUCUCGGUCAGGCAAGAAUGAUUUUGUUUUCAUUCUAAUUAUUUCACAGUAACUAGCUAGAGAUUCAUGUGUUAGUAAAAUAGCAUGCAAUUGAGGUGCCGGCUUCUCGGUUAGUUCAUCCAUCAUCCAUCAUGCUACAUGUGUGUUUGCCAGGCAAUUGAUUUUCAACUUGGGUUGGCAAUUGGAACUCCUCUCUUUUUUUUAAAGAUAAAGAUCUCUCUACCUAUUUCUGGCUAUUGUUCUUCCAUUAGGUCAGUUAUAUAUGCCAGUGAUUCACUGGCUUAUGUUUGCAAAUGUUAGUUAUCUAUACUGUUCAUCUCGACAUAAAAUAAUUCCAGAAACAAAUAAAUGGUCAAGCUUUCUGUCAUAUCUCCCGUUUAGUCUGUGUGUGUACAAUCCUGUUGAUUUCAUUUGCAUGAAAUCAUUGCAGACCUACCACUCCUUGAUGGCGUGUGUGUGAGAAUUGACAAAGCUAACCCUUGUUUGAAAGUUCAAAAUAACCUUACUCUAAAAAUCGAACCAAAUCUGACCCUUGCUCAGCGCCACCCUCCGGGCGCUCAACUUGGCUGUGUCAACGCACUUCCUCGUUCCAGGCACAAAAAAGGAAAAAAAAAGAGUGCUGGCUUGAGCACUAGUAUAGCAGGGUGCCAUCUCUAGCCUUGAUCUAAGUUGAACAGGGUACUAAAGGAAGAAAUAAUGGUGGAAAGAUACUUUCUUAGUCUGUAGCAGCAUUGAUCCCUUUUCUUUUCUUUUUCUCCUUCCAUUAUUCCGUUAUUACGUGAAAGGCACCGGUUCUUCUAAUCUUGUUCCAAGCUCCUGCCCCACAAGGACAAGCACUGAUGCCUUGCUGCCCUUUCACCUUUAGGCUCCAGCCGAAACUCCAAAGAAUGCACGCAUUUGUUUCUCGUGUCUCUGAAACUCCAAACAAGCCCAAACACCAAACAAGGUGUUCCUGCAACGACUCCACCCUUGGCAGUACAUUUGGAAGUGCUUACGCCUCACACUUGUGCUUUGCAAGCAAGCAGUUGUAGCACGUUAAUUAGUUUUGUUUGAUCGCUGAUUAAUUAUCAAGUGCUGCCAAAUACUUUUGUGACCCACCGGCACAAUUCUCAUAGUAUCAUAUUCUUCCUCAUUUUUAGAGCCUUUUUCUACAGCACCGUAUUCUCUUUUUUGUGUGGCUGGAGAAGUUGUGAUAUCUCAGUGUGAAUGGUAUGGCAUCUUAUCUUGCCAUCUUUUGAGCUGUCAUCCACCCACACCACUUUCAAUUCCUUUUUGGCUUGCAACAGAGGAGACUAAGACUCCGUGUUUACCCAGCUUACAGCUAGACCUCCACAGCAGGCAAGCACGAAGGCAGGCGGCGUCCGUCACUGGCAAACCAGCAACUCGUGCACGUGUGCACAUCGUCAUCCAUCUCUGCAUCAGGGGGAGGAUGUACGCGGCCCUCAGUGCGGCGCAAUGGGUGGUGGGCAAGGCGCUAGCCCCUGUUGCGGAUGGGGUGCUGGAGGCAUGGGCGGCCACCAGGAACUUCGGUUUCAACAUCGAGGCCCUCAGCAUGGAACUAAUGCUGGUGAAGGCCACGCUCGAACAAGCUGGCCGCAAGGAGCUCGGCGGGCCGGCCAUGGAGAUGUUGUUGCAGAAGCUGCGUGACUCGGCGCAAAAUGCUGAAGACUUGCUAGAUGAGCUCGACUACUUCCGCAUCCACGAUGAGCUCCACGGCACCCACGAUGCUGCAGGCGAGCACGACAAGGGUUGCUUCCACAACCUUGCCUUCAAUGCUCGCCACACCGCCAAAGCUUUUGGCAAACUGGUCAACUGUGCUAAGCAUCGGCAGAGGUCACACAGCGACUCCUCGGCCCCAGACACCAAUCAGGAGCUUAGCGGAUGCAUGCCCAAGAUCGGUAAACUCCUCACUUGCUCAUCUUCCCCGCAUCCACAUGUUCGUGAUGAUGACUAUGAUAGUGAUGAUGACUGUGGCAAUGUGCAAGAAACACCAAAGCUUGAGUUUAAUAGGGUUUAUUUCUCUCAAAGGAUGAAGGACAUUGUAGAGAAAUUGCAACUUAUGCGCAAUGAGGUUAGCAAGAUUCUGAUACAUUGUGGCCCUAGAACUGUCCCAGACAUUGCCCUGAGUCGUCCUAUCACCAAAAGUAGAAUUGAUGAGCCAAAACUGUAUGGAAGGGACCAUGUCAUGAAUAGCAUCAUACAUGAUAUCACCAAGGGUCAAUACUAUGACAAGGGUCUAACUGUGCUGCCGGUAGUGGGUCCAGGGGGAAUGGGGAAGACAACUCUUAUACAACACAUAUAUCGCAACCAGCAAGUGCAGAAUCAUUUUCCAGCGAGCCCUGAUGGCGGUGGUUGGAGCAGUGUGGUGGGGACUGCUCGUGAGGAACGCGGGUGGUGCCCGCUGGUGCUUGCGGUAGCCUCGUCAACAUGCUUAUUGGCAGCCUCGCCAGUGUGCUUGCAGGCGGUGGCGGCCGUGCUUGUCGGCGGCCUCGUUGGCGUGUUUGCUAGAGGCGGCGGUCAGAGCAGUGCGCAGAGGUUGUAGCUUGACUGGGAGCUCAAGAGCAGCACGGUAGGUGAUUGCUCUCAAGGGGAUCCAGAUCCCGCAACACACCGGUUGUUGCGGUGGCGAGAUUGCAAUAACUACUUAGUUGCAAGACUUAGUUUAGGUAAUACGUUGCUCCUGAGCCAUCUGAUUAAAAUAAGAUCUGACGGCCACAAAGGUGACGGACGCUCGCGUCGUUAUCAGUCUGAUGAUUUGGAUCAUUUCCCUAAAAUAUAUUUAUUGAAAAAGGCUUUCACUCUGCUUUAUAUAUAAAGCAACGACCAGAGAUACAAACCCGGAUACAACACGCCACCGACAAACACAACACACACACCCAAGACAAGAUACAAGGAUACCGAUGCACCGCAACACUACCCAAUCGACCGCCAAGAAAACUAUAGAUGAGCCAAAAAGAACCACUUGGGGCCAACGAGGAGCUCCUGAGAACUAGCCACCGAGAAGAUGUGAAGCGAGACAAUGACGGAGCAUGGACUCCAAGGCGGUGCCUUCAAGAAGGGCACGACUGAAUUGUUACCACCACCCAAUCCCGAUCAAGUUUUCAUCUAGAGCAAUGUGAAGAAGGGAACACCACGACGGAGCCUUCAUGAAGGAAAACGGCGCCCGCCGCCGCCGCCACCAUCGACCGGAAAGAACCGGGCAAGUUAUGCACUAUGGUGUUAACCUUCCCUCUGCCAAACGACCAUGCUAGACCAAACAUUACCAACCAUGCCACCCCGCGUGACCAUGGCUGCCCGACUGCACCCAAGACGUGCGCUCCGCCCAUGAAUAUUGUGUCUCCCACCGCCAGGGCGGCUGCCCUAUAUCCAAGCACCUUCGUGAACACCCAAAGUCCUUGACUUUGGCCUGAUUGGCAGACCCCAACCGAUGGAGCAGCCAGCAACCGUCCUUCCUCGAACAUCGACAGAGCUCGCCAGAAGGCACACGGCCGAGGAAAUGGGGAGGAGGAGCAGGCGCAUUUGGACCGGUGCACCCCCGCACCGGCGACGGGUGGCCCGACAUCGGGGCCUCCCAUCCCUCCUAAGAAGUCCCCACGGGACACACCCCGUGUCGCCUCACCAUGGCGGCCGAUGCAGCUCAACGCGAGGCCACCAACGACUGCCCGCCCAUUACCACAGAGAGCCAAGCCACCCUUCACCAGCUGAAGAAGAAAUGGAGAAGAGUAGUUUAUUCUGGUGAAGAAGAAAUGGAGAAGUAGCAACAAAGGUUACUCGCCAGAUAGAAAAACUCAAUGGUGUGGAUGCUACCUGCCAUGUUUUCUCGACAGAUAGCAGAACUCAACAAGGUUGCCCACCAGAUAGCACAAUGAGCUAGGGAAUUGGCGGCAAUCUCCCAGUUGGAACCACCGUAUUAGGUGUCUACAAGUUUGCUCAUGGGGCUCAGCACCUCCGAGGUUCUUCUGCUCAUUGUAGGUGCAUCCUCGCCCUCCGGUGAACGCGU